GCAGCCGACGGACUACAAUGCAAUUCAGUGUUUACAGUCUCCAUCUUCUGUAAUUUCUAAUUCGAAAUUUCAAUAAAAAAUGUCAGUUACGGCUGUUAGUUUUCGAUGGUUAGAUAUUUUAGAGAAAGAAUUUGAUAAAGCAUUUGUUGAUUUGGAUAUUCUGUUGGGUGAUCUAGACAGCGAUGAUCCCGAAAUGCUUUUUUCUGCCCGUCAGAAAAUGUCGACUCUCAGUUCCUGUUUCGCACAGCUCACGCACAAGGCACAAACCAUAUUCCAGAACAGCGCCAAACUUGAGGCAGAAUUGGUGCACAUGCGCACAGAGGCGGUGGAGACAAAGACGCGCAGCCAGGCAGUGGAAGAGGAGCUGCAUGCAGUGUUGGUAUCGUUGCACACCACUCAGCUGCAGCAGCUGCCAGGUCAUCACAAUGCAAACGUCAAUGCUAACAUACAGGCCAAGCUGCAACAGGGAUUGGUCGAGAGGUCGCCCACACACAAGGCUGUCAUUUCAGGUGUGAACAUGGAUAACCUAGUGAUGUCGCUGGAAAACUGGAAAGCUCAGCUGGAACUGGAGAAUGAGUCUCUGAGGAACACAGUGGUCGGACUCCAGGCUGAAGUGUGCGGAGCAAGACUGGCUGCUAGGUACCUGGACAAGGAGUUGGCUGGAAGAAUCCAGCAACUGCAACUACUAGGCCGGUCCGAUAUGACGGGAGACGCAAGGGAUAGGCUGUGGAGUCAGCUGGAGGCUGAGAUCCUGGUGCAAAGACAGAAGACAGUGAUGCGAGCUGUCAGACAGAGGGAGACGCGCGUACCCCCACCACCUGCCUCGCUCGCCGGAGUCGUGCGUACGGUACGCCUAAACAGGCAUCCGCACCAGGGCCUGGGCAUAUCGAUCACUGGAGGUCGCGAACACGGCGUGCCAAUCCUGAUCUCCGAACUGGAGCCAGGUGGUUGUGGUAGCGAAGGUGGUAACAAGUUGUACGUGGGUGAUGCAGUGCUGAGUGUGAACGGGGUCGACCUGAGGGUGGCCAGCCACCAGGAGGCGGUCACACUGCUUAGCAGCCAAGUGGGUGCGGUCACACUGCAGGUCCAGUAUCUGGCCACCAAUGACGGAGAUCUUAGCGAGGACGAUGAUCACGAUUUCAACAAUCUCAGGUACGGUUUCUUUGACGAUGCAAGCGACGGUGUGGACUUCUAUAGAACAAGAAACGGUUACUCGAAAAGUAAUAGCAAAGAUAGGCCUGCCACACCUACACCCACUGCGCCUAGGACACCGGACUCAUUAAUUAGGGGCGAAUCAGAAUGCAGUUAUCCGACCAGUCCUAUAGCAACACAACAGCAGCACAAAGAUGUGACCACGGAUGAAGUGACAGAGAGGACUACCCUGGAGCAGGAUGACCCCACGGAAGCCCCCUCUGCAGAGAGGAGUGUGCACAUCACCACAGCUGAUCCUCCCUCCCCCGCGCCUACAACCGCCACGCCAUCAAGCGUCGUCAGUCCCAAACACUUUGGGGUCACCACCUUGCAGAAGAUAUUCAGGUCACUGACCCCAUCAGGGGUAUGGAGCGACGGAACAGAAGAAGAGUCCAACGAUAACAACGAGACGGGGGACGAUGAAGACAAACCCCUCACUCCAGCUCCCCCCACCAAAGCGCCCUCACUAAACCGGUUCAAACCGGUUUCCUCGCCAUCUGACAAUGCUGCCAACAUAAACGACAACAUCGAGGAGAUCAUACUGCGACAAGGUGGCACCUCAAUAGUCGCCCAGCGCAUGGUUCCCAACCGUAAGAACCAAGAUGGCGGAAUUCCAAGAUGGCGUGAGCAGCUGCAGAAAGAGUCGAGUCAGCUGUUUCAUCCGGAAACGGAAGCGGUCAGUUUGGUGGAUGGUCACGGUGACGCCACUUUUGGCACACCUGUAUAAACUGUCAGCUGUAGUUUAGGUACAAAUAAUUGCAAUAUUCAUAAUUCUGAACGUUUUAUUUUGUUUAAAUAGAUAAUUAUGUACAUUUUUGGAAUCAUAUGAUCGUCGGUAGAAUGAAAAUCCAAUUGAAUUUGAACACAGUGCAUAAACGUUCAUUGAUCAGUUAGGGCCAAGCCAAACGAAGUGUUUUUUCAGACGAGUCGGCAGGGCAGGAAGCUCUCUGAUUGGCUGAUUCCCGAACGUCAACCCAAUCAGCCAAUCGGAGAUCUUCCUGCCCUGCCGACUCGUCUGAAAAAACACUUCGUUUGGCUUAGCCCUUGAGCUGGAUUGAAAUUAAAUGAACAUAUUUAUUAGGCGGAUUUUGGACUUCCCUAGUGGAUCCAAAAUAUCAGUAUCAGUGUAAUAUUAUUCUCAUCAAUAAUAUUAUGAUCAUCAAUUCUAACGGGGCUAUUGAAAUGUUAAUUACCUUGUAAAUUACUAUUGAAAUAUUAAACUCGCUCGGGCUAUUGAAAUGUUAUUGACUAUAUAAAUUACUAUUGAAAUAUUAAACUCGCUCGGCCGGGAUGAGUGUGAAUCCUCCAAUUAGAACUAAUGGAAAUAAUAUUUUCACUUUACCGGAUACAUACACUGAUUCUGAUAUGUUGGAUUCCAGCUUCACGUUAGUCAACUUUGAUUGGAUUUUCGUUCAACCAAGUAUGUGUAAUUGCAAUAUUAAUAUCACGCUGACUAUUUGAUUCUGUCAACUUCAAUAAUCAUGUAUUUUUUCGGAAUCAUAGUGGUCAGAGCUAUACGAGAAUUCAGUUGAGUUUAACUAUCUUACAUAACAUGAUUUUACUGCGAUAUAAUUGAUUGUAUUCUCAUGUAACUGACUGUGAGCAUGAGUAUUACAAUACCAUUCAUGCUGAAUGAUUGGUUUCCUUGGAAUGAUCAAUCAUAAGGUCAGUUGCACGUAAAUGAAAUUGAACUUGGCCCUUGUAAAAUUAACGUCAUAACAUUUAGGACCGGUUUCCGAGCUCGUGAUUUAGCUAAGUUCUAGACUUUGAACAUCUGGAGUCAGAAAAUUGGCUUUCCGA